UUAUAUGGAGUUUCGAGGUUAGGUCAAGCGUGCAACGAUCUCAUAGAUGGAUAGUUGUGACGGACGUAAAUAUACGUGCAUCAUAAAAUAUGAAUAAUUUCAAAAUUCUUCCGCCAUUCUUCAACAUGUGGGCGACGAAGUUCCUGUUGCUUCUUUGGUUUAGCAGCAUCCUGGCCCAAGACUGCGAGCUGAUUAGGCAUUUCGUGGGAGACUAUGCCAGAUUCAUCAAGCAGAUGUCUAUCCAAACGUAUCCGGUGAACAAAUUUUGCAGCAGUAACGAUACGGUCGCCCACUACGAAUCGGCCUUCGAAUGGUUCAAUUACGCCAAGGCUAACGAAUCCUGUGCAGCGGAAUUCAAUCACAAUCGCCUUAAUAUCGUACAAACUCUGUACGAUCAGAUGACCUCAAUCUGGGAAAAUGCCCAUUGUGCGGACUGUGUGUCCAACCAGAACGACACGGCUGAGUUCCUUAAGUUGUACGAUUCGCAACUGAACUGCACCAAGGUGAGCAAAGAUCCGUGCAAUGUGUGCGCUGGGAAUUACACUAAGCUGCAGCAAUUCUAUGAGGAUUUGGUGAAGAGUCGCCAGGGAAUCGUUUGCUUCGACAUCGAAGAUCGAAUGAACCAGACAAGAUAUGCCUGGAGCGCCGUUUAUAACUGCUGCAAAGGGAAGCAACACUCACAGAAGGCUUUCAUCUGGUUCGCUUCCGGUAUCAGCGGUCUACCGGUUGUAUUUUACAUAGCCAUGUACUUCAUUACCCAGCGGAAGGAGGCUAGGGAACGUGCCGCCGCUCCACCAUUGAACGAUCAAACUGUAGGGCAACCGGAAGAGGAACCACCGCAAGAAGCAAGCACAAGUCAGCAGGUCCGGCAAAAGUAUUUCGAUGCAGGGUCCGAUCAGUGCAGCGUUGGAGACGAACCGAAACUCAACAAUUUGAACAUUGCGCCAGGUGUUCGGGAAAGCAAAUUGAUAGACUUUCAGGAUAGCGGCAGCGAACACGUCCACUCGGUGCGAGAUUUGAAAAUGCCUUCGACCAAACAUGAUGAUGUUGAUGAUGUAUCUCUGCUUGAGUGAGAGCCAGCUGAUGCUUGAUCUGUUUCUUCAUUAAGUAGCCUAUAAUAACUAUCAGAAGGUAUGUUGUUGAAAAUAAUUGCAGCUCAAGGCUGAUUGUCCAAAAAUACUGAAAUGUAUUCAAAGAAUGCAAUUGAUUCGACUGAAAUAAAAAUAAAUUUAUGAAUAAAAAAACCUAAUUUUCAAAAAAUGUA